AUGAAGACCGCACUGUCACUGUUGCUUUUGGGAUGCGUUUUAUCCACGACCGAAAUCGCGGCGCUUAGGUGUAAUCCAACCGGGAACGCCAACGUAACCGCUAACGGCAGACCUGCCUAUACUGGACAGUUCCCGCACCAUGCGCUGCUGGUAGUUAGCUUCGGCGGGGAGGAAACGCGUCACUGCAGUGGUGCGCUGGUGGAUGAACGGCACGUAGUAACCGUGGCACAGUGCGUCGUUGGCAGCACCGCCGUCCAAGUACACCUUGGUUCGAACUGUCUGCUAGCGGAUGAGCACGAUCAGUUCCGGUACGUGUUUACCGCCGUGGAGUACACCGUACGUGACGGGUACGAUACGGAGACGUUCGUAAACGACGUCGCUGUGGUGCGGUUCACUGACGAACCGGUAAGACUUCCGCCCUGGGUUCGACCAGCACGCCUACCGGAAGCGGAUGAAGAGCAGUACGUCGGGCGGGAAGUUGUGUCCAGUGGGUACGGAUUGAUGAACUACGGUGCGGAUGGUGCAUCCGAUGCGCUCCAGUACAUGCGAUUGGUAGUGCUGGAGUUGGAGGCAUGCCAGGAGGAGUUCAAUUUCAUCACCCCCGAUACGGGGCGGUUCUGUGCUCAGGAAGCGUCCCAUGAGCGAAACUGUGUCAGUGACGUCGGAAGUCCGCUGGUGCGGAAGGAGAACCGGUUGCACGAGUACGUGCUGCUUGGUUUAAGCAGCUUCGGACAGAAGUUUGCCUGCAACUCGGGCAAUCCCGGUGCAUUACAAGAGAUGCGUGAACAUGCCGCGUGGGUGAAGGAAGUGAUGGUUCGGGCGAAAUGA